UCACGGCCAGCCCUUCCAAGCAAAACUGAAAAUUCGAACGAAGUCGAAAAGGUCUGUUGGAUACCAAGACUAAAAAAAGUCUGCUGCUCUAAUUUUGGUUUUGCUGUUUUCCGUGAGGCUAGCGAAGACGGCGAAGAGCCGACCAGCGACCUGCUUACCGUCUUCAUUGUCACCAUAUCUACCGGCACUUGUAGUUCUUUACCCACGUCCAGUCCGCAUUUGACUGUGCGCACGGUAACGACCGGCGCAGGGUCGCCAAGAUGUGAAUUGUGCAUGGUUCGGGAAUACGAACACAGACUUCAGUCGUUAGCCAGUCGAGUGUUGUGGUGCAGUGUCACUGUUUCCCUUACCCUUGGUAGCUGCUAGCUGGUGGUCGGUGCAAGCAUGGAACAAUGUAUUCAGCUGCGCCUUCACACGCUAACCAAGCGCCAGUACUUGUUGGUCUUCUCGGCGUUCUUUGUGGCGCUAAUCAUCACUAUCACGAUAGGGGUGACCGGGCCAAAGGUUCUGUCAUCGUCCACACAGCACCUGGGCGUGGAGUGGUCGGCAGUGAGGUUGAAUGAAACGGAUGCGGAGCUUGUGUACUCUGGCCGUUCACCUCCGGGAUGGUCACGCUUCAGUCAGGAGUUUUGGCUAAAGUGUAUCAUCCAUGUCAAGCAGCCGUUAUCAGGCGAUGCCGACCAGGACUCACUGAAGUUCAAGAUGCGUGUCCUCAAGAUACGUGCCCAAGACGGCAGUCAGGUGUGGAGUCGCAUCUACUUGGGGAUCGAACGGUUUCAGCAUACCAAGAGUCUGCACUGUGAGAAGACUUGUGAGCCAUUUGUGUUGCUGCACGUCGGCAGUGUGGAUCACACGCGCUAUGAGGUGGAGUUUGCGAUUGAAGAAGCAAAUCACCCAGAAUCCAUUCAGAACAUGACAUUUGAGUGGCAGUUCUUCAGCCCUGAGUUCACGCAGAUGGAGAUCUGGUGCCAGUUUGUCUACAUCAUUUUUACAUUCAUUACUGCCUUUCAGUUCAUGCGAUCUGUGCGUCCUUUCAGCAUCAGGGAUUGGUGCCUGGAACAGAAGUGGAUAUCUGUUCUUCUAGUCUUGCUCAUUCUCUUUAACAACCCGCUGUACCCCCUGCACUUCCUGGUCAAUCAGAUGUGGGGAGAGAGGUUCUUUGAGGUUCUGUUCAGGUCAACGUUUGUGUGUGCAAUGUUGCUCUUCUGGCUGUGCAACCUGCAUGCAGUCAAUGUGAGUCCAAGGAAGCUGACAACAUUCUACUUGCCCAAAGUCAUUGUAGUUGGGCUGGUGUGGCUGGCGUCACUAACACUGCUGGCAUGGGAGGAGUUCAAUUUAUUGAGUGACCCCAGCUACCAACUACACUUGGACACAGAUAGUUUCCAGGCAUGGAAAAUCGUAUUUUAUGUCUCAAUAGGUGCCUAUUUAUUCUACUUGGCAUAUGCUCUUUUCCGUGCGUUUGGAGCACAGUCACCGAUCGAUAUCCGCUUGAAGUUCUUCACCAGCCUGAUGGCUAUUGUCGUCAUCACCAGCUGCACCAUCAUGUUUGUCCGCUUCGGCACUGAAACCCUGCAGCCUAACUUCAUGUCGUCCUAUUCACCAAACAUUCGGAAUACUGCUGAGUUCCUGGUAUUGAUCGGUGUCUUCAACUAUUACAUCUAUACCAUGGCAUAUGUCUACUCACCAUCACCUGGUGCCGUCAAGGAUACCGAGAUGAAGGGUAAGAACUCCUUCUCAAGACUAUACAACCUGGACGCGGAUGAAGAUGGAGCUUACAUGGAUCAACAGCUAGUCGACUACGACGACGACGAGACCAUGUGGAAAAGAAGUGAUCGUUGAGCAAUGGCCUGUUUUUCAGCAGCAUUUGGUUUUUUGUAGCUGCCACCUACGUUGUCGGUACCUGAUCACUGCCGGUCUUGACAGUACCUGAUCACUGCCGGUCUUGACAGUACCUGAUCACUGCCGUUCUUGACAGUACCUGAUCACUGCCGGUCUUGACAGUACCUGAUCACUGCCGUUCUUGACAGUACUAAGUAGCUGUGGCCAGCACUAGUCCAAUACAGUCAUGUACACGUCCUUGUCAAGUUGGCACACACACACAACUGUUGAUUAUCUAUUUUCUCAGAACUAGAAAGCUAUCAUGGAUGCUAAUAGUAAUAUUAUGAUAAUUGUGUGCAGCAUGGAUGCAGCUGGCUCAUGAUUUGUUGAGGUGCGGUGCAAGGACGCGGCAGCCUUGGUAGAAAUGUGUGGAUAUUUUCAUCAUUUUCUGAAGGACUGGUGCUCUGCUGCGGCAGAGUUGAUUCAGCUUUGACACACACUAUAUUUUUCGCUACUUGCCAGCCACCUUGAGUCUAAGUGUAUGCUAGUGCAGGAAUACUAAUGCUUCGGUUUGACACUAUAACUCUUGUCACAUGUGAAACGAAUCCCGGCUAGCUCAUAUAAAACAUCACGAUGUGAAAUGUGGCUGAUAAUUUUAUUAUCUAUUGUGAGGCAUUGCUGUACAUAACCCCAAGAGUGUGUAACUGCCUGCACUUUCUCUACCCAGUGCUGCGGUGGCAGAGUUUCACAUCAA